AUGGGAAUCUCUAAAUCUUGUUAUGAAAAUUCAUUUGACAAUGAAUUGAUCAGUAGUCCACUGCCGCCUUACCAAUUAACAAUAGAAAUCGAUGAACUUGUUUCUCCACCAAAAAAUUCUCGUAAAGCAAAAAAAUUUCAAAAAAAUCCACACUCUACAUCACCUCCAAGGCCCCAGAAUGACUUCAUUUUAUUUCGUCGCGAUUUUUACGCAAAAUUGAGAGUAGAAGGAAUAAAAAUGAAUAAUGGAGAUAUCUCUCGUUUAGCAUCCGAAGUGUGGAACCAACAACCGAAUGAAGUUCGACGAUACUUUAAAAUCCUCGAAGAGUUGGCGAUAGAAAAACAUAAUGCAACGUAUCCGGAUUAUAAAUAUUCCCCGAAAAAAAGCAAUGUAAAAAAACCAAAAUCAAAAAAUACUCGUCAAGUGAAUACCAAUAUUGAACGAUUCCCAGUGAUUCAAAACGAAAUGAGUGAAGUGACAUUAGAAGAACCAAAAUCAACUUUGGAAAUUCCUUUAAACGAAAAUACUAAUGUCAUCGAUCUUAAUUAUGGGGAAUCAACAAAUUUUGAAGGAAUUUUACCCGAUUUUCUACUAUAUCCCGAACCAUUAUUUACUGAAAAUUCAGAACCAUUGUUAUAUACUGAAUCUUCCGAACCAUUGUUAUAUACUGAAUAUUCAGAACCAUUAUUAUAUACUGAAUAUUCAGAACCAUUAUUAUAUACUGAAUUUUCCGAACCCGAGACAACCGAAUAUGAAUAUCCAGAAUUUGAGACUACCGAAUAUGGAUUUGAAAACGAUCAGAUUAAUGAUCAAGAAAGUUUUGAUAAAAUCUUUAAUGAAAUCAUUAAUCCAGCAAUCCUCAAUGAAGGGAAUGAUUCCUAUCCGCAAUUUUAA